AUACGUCAAACCUCAACGACAACGUGUUCAAGGUUUUGGGUUUUUGUUUUUCAUUGACACCGAGAGACUCACUCACCGUUCAUUCAUAAACCCCAGAAACCUCCUUAGCUUUCUCUCUCUCACUCACUCUCACUUUCAAGUCACUGUUCAGUCGACACCUAUGGCUCCCGAUGCUUCCGACGCUCUCGCAGUGAGGCAGAAAGUUCAGCAAUUUCUGAACGCUGCUCGCACCGGCAAUCUUGAUCUCCUCAAGAAUUUAGCGACUCAGUUGGACGAGUCCAAGGAUUUGGCCAAGACCGUGGACUCAAUUAAGGACGCAAACAAGCGAGGAGCCCUGCACUUCGCCGCCCGCGAAGGCCAGACCGAGGUUUGCAAGUACUUGCUUGAGGAAUUGAAGCUCCAUGUCGAUUCAAAAGAUGAUGAUGGGGAAACUGCUCUCAUUCAUGCUGCUCGUCAGGGGCACACUGCCACUGCUAAAUAUCUCAUUGACCGUGGUGCUAAUCCCACCAUAGCUAGCAAUUUAGGGGCUACGGCCUUGCACCAUUCUGCAGGGAUAGGGGAUACUGAGCUGCUCAAGCAUUUGCUUUCUACAGGAAUUAAUCCUGAUUUGGAAAGUGAUGCCGGAACGCCUUUGGUUUGGGCUGCCGGUCAUGGCCAACAAGCUGCCGUCAGUGUUCUACUAGAACAUGGUGCAAAUCCUAAUGCUGAAACCGAUGAUGGUAUUACCCCACUCCUUUCAUCUGUGGCAGCCAGCUCGCUGGCAUGCUUAGAGGAGUUAAUUCAGGCAGGUGCGAAAGUAAAUAUUAGUGCCGGUGGAGCAACUCCUUUACACAUUGCAGCUGAUAAUGGCAGUCUGGAAAUUAUAAAUUGCUUAUUGAAAGCUGGAGCUGAUCCUAAUGUGUCCGAUGAGGAUGGUGUUAAGCCAAUACAAGUUGCGGCUGCAAGGGGCAAUCGUGGAGCUGUUGAGAUAUUGUUCCCCUUGACAUCCAAGAUUGAUGCCGUUCCUAAUUGGACUGUUGAUGGGAUAAUCGAGUAUAUGCAGUCUGAAAUUAAGAAGCAACAGGAUGAAUCAACAACUAGCCGGCCGAAGGAUACUACUGUGUCUCAUCAGAAAAAUGUCCCUGAGGUGGCACCUGAAGCCAAAAAGAGAGCAGCAGAAGCAAAAGCAAGAGGGGAUGAGGCCUUUAAGAGGCAAGACUACAACAUGGCCAUAGAUUCUUAUACCCAAGCAAUUGAUCUGGACCCUAGUGAGGGUACUUUGCUAUCCAAUAGAAGUCUCUGUUGGAUUAAGUUGGGUCAAGCUGAGCAUGCUUUAGCCGAUGCAAAGGCGUGCAGAAUAUUAAGACCGGAUUGGCCGAAAGCCUGUUAUAGGGAAGGAGCAGCUUUGAGAAUUUUACAGAAGUUUGAUGAAGCUGCAAAUGCUUUUUAUGAGGGAGUAAAGCUUGAUCCUGAGAAUAAGGAGCUAGUAAAUGCAUUCAGGGAAGCUGUCGAAGCUGGGAGGAAGUUUCAUGGUAAAACAGCUCAGAAUAAUUCAUAAUAUGGUCUUUACCAAUGUCCUUGUUGAGGGAAGAGAGACCAACAUUGCAUAUAGAGCAGCAUUAUUCAUGUAAUACUAUUUGCUAUAAACAAAUAUUUAAGGGGAAAAAAUAGAGGUGGUGUUUUCCACUUGUAAUGAGUGUACUCUCGUACGGUUAGUUAGCCAUUAAUUUCACUUAUUUCUUGA